CCGCUCAGGGCAGCGGAGAGGGAAAGAAAUUCACUUCAAGCAGAGUAAAUCAAAAAUCUGGACCAAAAAAAAAAGAAUGGUGGCAACAUCAGAAUGUGGUGAAAAGGGUAAAUCCGGAAACAAGGUUUCAAAACCUCUCAUGGAGAAGAAGCGAAGAGCGCGGAUAAACCAGUGUCUGGACGAGUUGAAGUCGCUUCUGGAGAGCUACUACAGCAGCAGUAUUCGAAAGCGCAAGCUGGAGAAAGCCGACAUCUUAGAGCUCACGGUGAAACAUCUGAGGAGCCUCCAAAAGAUUCAGAGCAUUUCCGCCGGUGCUUCUGAGCUUCCUGAUUACCAGCUGGGCUUCCGGAACUGCCUGGCAAACGUCAACCAGUACCUGCUGCUGGCUGAUCACCUGAGCGGCAGUGAGCGCUGGGUGAUGUCGCAGCUCUCCAACAAGCUGUGUCGCUCUCGGCGGGGAGGUGAAGCGUCCAGCACCACGGACAGCGACCCGAGCCAACCUGAGGCGGCGGCGGAGGAGGAGGAGGAGGCGGCGGCGGCGGCGGGGAGGCUUCGGCUGCCGAGCGCAAAUGGACACGAAGGAGAGAGGAACCCGACCAGAUCUGUAAUACCGAAACUCCGAACGGCUCUCACGGUUUCCUCUUUAGCCAUCGAAGACACGAACAAGUUAUUUGACGCCAAACAGACCCGUGUUUUAGCGCAGAAAGCUCCCACGGGAAACAUAGAGACGCAAAGCAGCCGUCACCCUGAGUGCGCCAGUCCGCGGCUUGACGCUGGGAACACGGAGCGCCAUGUGUGGCGGCCCUGGUGAAGCCGAUGGGGAAACUCACUCACUGAAUGUUUAUGAUUGCACUGGAUAUUUUCACCACUGUGUUAUUAAGCUCACUUAUGUAUUAUUUUAUUAAUA